UGAAGGAAGAAACACUAAAGGAAACACCAUGAAUGGUAGCAGCAGUUUCAACACACAUCUUCUAAUUCUUGAAGCACGCAAUUGGGAAAGAUGGAGUGCAGUGAUGAAGAAUCUGUUUGGAGCACAAGAUCUGUUGGAAAUUGUGCAGAAUGGUGUUAAUGAAUUAGCUGCGAAUGCCACUGAGGUGCAAAGGAACGCACACAAGGAAUUGAAGAAGAAUGAUUGCAAGACUAUGUUCUUGAUUCAACAAAGUCUUGAUGAAGGAAAUUUUGAAAGAAUGGAAAAGGGAAAACAACGCGCCAAACGAUCUGUGUUGGGUUCCUCUUCUCCUGAAGAAAGCAUGGAAGAUAAAGAGUUGGAAGGAAAAAGAAAUGUGUGUAUGAUAUUGAUCGGGAAUGUCGAUAAAGAAUUAUGCCCAUCAACAGCUGUGGAGUUCUUAUACAAACAUACCCAAGUCUCAGCAAGUAUCUUCAUUUUUCCAAGUUUAUCGUUCGAGAUAUAUACUAGGGGUGCCAUUAUGACGCAUACUGAACAAGAUUUCCAAAAGCUUUGUGACUUUUUGACAGAGCAAAACUACAUCAUCACAUCUUCGACUGGCAGGCCAUGGGUGGUAAUUGAAAAACAAGUGGGUCUCAAAAAUGUCAAAGCAUCAAUAGGAACAUUAUUUCCUAAAUCUGAGGUAAGUUUAUACACAUUUUUCUUUCCUCCUCUUUUCCAACGAAGAACUUAAUGGCAGGAUAGUAGAGCAUGGCCGUGUGUCAAGACUAUAGGAUCGUCACAGUAAUAAAUUUUGCGCGAGCACCUGGUCCAUUGAUGAGAAUGCAUUCCUUUAAACAUGUAAUCCGUAUUAUUAUAACCUUAAUUUCAGCCAAGGACUGCAGAGUUGA